AUGUUUCCUAGGAUCCUGAAGUCUGGGUCCAGACCCUUUGCCCUGAUUCACUCAGCGCCCAAAGUUCCUGCGCUGCGCGCUACUUUUCCUCUUGUGGGUGCUAGGUUUAAUUCUUCAUCCAGUUCUGCUCCAAUUGAUGAGAUCUCUACGAAGCUGCAGUCUUUCCCUGAAGCUGCCAACACUUUCACAGAUACAGUGACCACGCUUACGCAUGAUCAACUGGGAUACUUGAACUCUGUGGGCAUGGCUCAAAGCUGGUGGUGGCCUCCAGAUGUUCUAGAACGUACCCUGGAAUACGUCCAUGUCUACUCGGGAUUACCAUGGUGGGGUACCAUUGUAGCUACUACUAUAGCCAUCAGAGUGGUCAUGUUUCCACUAUUCGUUAAGAGUUCUGACACUAUGGCUCGUUCUGCAAAGGCCAAACCAGAGAUGGACGAGUGUAUGAAGGUUAUCAGAGAUGCCCAGACUGUCGGUGAACGUCAGAAGGCUGCUCUAAUGAGAAAGCAAAUUACUGCCAAAUAUGGAAUCAAGUACAGAUAUAUGAUGGCCCCAUUCCUACAAUUUCCCAUUGCUAUUGGAUUUUUCACUGCUCUUCGUCACAUGGCUCUUCUGCCGGUUGAUGGGUUCCCCACCCAAGGAGCUUACUGGUUCCCAGACUUAUCAGCUGCUGAUCCAUACCUAGGAUUGCAAUUAAUUUCUGCUGCUACUUUUAUGACUUCUAUGAAGCUUGGCGGAGAAACAGGUGCUUCUAAUUUUUCGCCCGGCACUCAGAAACUGUUAACAUAUGUUCUCCCCACGCUUUCUAUUCCUUUCACCAUGAACUUAUCCUCCGGCGUGGUCCUCUAUUUUGCAACUAAUGCUGCCUGUUCUUUCGUCCAGAGUGCAUUACUAAGGAACAAGGUUUUCCGCAAGAUUGCAGGGUUGCAAGAAAUUGUUCCACGAGUGAAGAAACCAGGUGAGGAGGCUGAAGGUAUGUUUGAUGGUAUCAAGAAAUUUGCGCAAGAGACGAAGAAGAGUGCCGAGUCCAAGGCAGCACAAGCUGCUGCUCUGGAAGAGGCUUUGAAGGUCCGUAAGGCUCGUUCCAAGACGGGAGAGGUAAUUAUUCGUAAGAGAAAGUCCAAGAAGUCUUAA